AUGACCCUAAACACUGGGCAGGUAUUGAUGGGUCACGACCAGAGAGAGCUGAAGGAGGGGGACAAGCGAUCAACACCUGUGAACCGACGCACCUGUGAAGUCACAGAUACAUCAAAUAGAACAUCACCAUCCCCUGAUGAAGUCACAGAUACAUCAAAUAGAACAUCACCAUCCCCUGAUGUAGUCACAGAUACAUCAACUAGAACAUCACCAUCCCCGGAUGUAGUCACAGAUACAUCAACUAGGGCAUCACCAUCCCCUGAUGUAGUCACAGAUACAUCAAAUAGAACAUCACCAUCCCCUGAUGUAGUCACAGAUACAUCAACUAGAACAUCACCAUCCCCGGAUGUAGUCACAGAUACAUCAACUAGAGCAUCACCAUCCCCUGAUGUAGUCACAGAUACAUCAACUAGAGCAUCACCAUCCCCUGAUGUAGUCACAGAUACAUCAAAUAGAACAUCACCAUCACCUGAUGUAGUCACAGAAGAAUAA